GAAUGUAUUAUGUUCACGAUUCCCAAUACACAAGUCUCUUGGCAUUCUCUUCCUCUUUCGUCUCAGUCUGUGCCCUAACUCUUCGUCUUCCUCGCAUCUUGCUUCUGGUUUGUAGCAAGUUCUCAACAUUUCUGCAACUAUUUUUGGUUAAUAGUGCAGAGCUUUGAAUUGAGUCUUAAUUGACGAAAUUAGUAAUUUUUUGCUAAUGAUGCACUCGAAACGCCGACAUGAACCAAGCAGUUGUGAGGGCUCUUCUAGGCAGGGCUGUGGCAAGCGCCUACUAGUAAAUCAGCAUCAAAAGUCUCUUGUGCCACGUGUGAGAUAUCUGGAAUUUGAAAGGGAGACAAGAGAGAUAACACCAUCCCUGUCUUCUGGUUUAUCAGCACUAGCUCCUGCAACAGGCAACUCGAGAGAGCAAUUGAUGUCUUGUGAUAAGAAGGUUGUUGACCCUACAAAGGGGAGAAAUAGAAGAGAAGUAGUAAUGUGGCCGCCAAAACCUAUUAGAACUGCUAUAUUGUUAACAGGGGGGUUAGAUGGAAUUUCAGAGCCAAUAUACUUUGACAACCAGAUCACGAAAAUACCUCACAAGCAUUCUCGACCACCUCCUAAGAAUCUAGAUGAUGAGGAAUGUAGGCUUUUGCAUGAGAUUAUACAAAUGGAUAAUAAGGUAGGAUUUCGAGAUAAUGAAGGUACAAGCAAAUCAGCAGAAAAUGCUUUGGAAGCUAUGGGAGGUUUUGGGCUUACUGGUAGUAAAGAAGCUACUCAGUCUGAAAAGUCAGUUAGACCAUCUGUAUGUGAGAAAAGUCUGGAAGCUGGAGAAGAACAUAGUAUUGUUUGGUCAUCCGAAAGGAAUAGGUUACAAUCAAAUUCGAGGUUCCAUUUGGUCGGUGGUAAUAGUAUUACUGGAGGAACCAACUACGAUGACCAGACAGAUCUUUGUCGUGACAAGGUAAUGAAGGUAUUAGAUCUGUUUAAAGAUACCUUAAAAAAGGUUCAGCUAGAACAGAAAAUGAAACCAAAUGGACAAAGAAAGGGUGGUGUGAAGAUGUAUAUGGAGGCAGCAAGGCAACUUAAAGAGAAACACUUAUGGCUUAAUGUGAAUAAAUCUAUUGGAGCUGUACCUGGUGUUGAAAUUGGUGACCACUUUCAGUCAAGAGCUGAACUGGUCAUUAUUGGCCUACAUAAAGAUUAUUUUGCUGGCAUAGAUUAUAUGAACAUAGAUGGAAAACUUUUGGCCACCAGCAUUGUUGCGUCUGAUCGCUAUGGUGAUAAAAAUGAAUCCUCAGAUGUCUUGACUUAUAUGGGCGAAGGUGGAAAUCAUGUGUUCAGCUCCAGUAUACCUGAAGAUCAAAAAUUAGUACGAGGUAAUCUUGCAUUAAAGAAUAGCAAAGAUAAGAAAGCUCCGGUGAGGGUUAUUCGAAGUGGUCAAAAUAUCAUGAAGGAAUCACGACUCAUUUAUGAUGGGCUGUAUUUAGUCACUGAUUUUUGGAAUGAAGUGGAGCCGGGUGGGAGGUUGGUGUACAAGUUUCAGUUAAAUAGAAUGCAGGGACAACAGAACCCUAUAAGGUUGGACGCAAUGAAAGGAUCCAGGAAAUUUAACAAAGCAUCGCAUGCUUCUGUGGUUCUUAAUGAUAUUUCCAAAGGGAAAGAAAAUACGCCAGUUCGUCUGGUAAAUAUAAUUGAUUGUGAGAAACCUCCACCUUUCAAGUACACAACUAAGAUGAUGUACCACUCUCAGGAGUUUGUCGUCUCCAGGUCUAGUGGCUGUGAUUGUCUCGAUGGGUGCUCAGAAGAUAACCCAUGUCCUUGCAUCAUCAAGAAUAAUUGCAGAUUUUCUGUGAACAAUUGUGUUUCCACUGCUGAAAAGGAGCCUAUUGUUUACGAGUGUGGUCCUUGUUGCAAAUGUCCCUCAGGUUGCAAAAAUCGACUGAGCCAAAAUGGUAUCAAACUCCAGCUAGAGGUUUUCAAGACUAUACCAGGGGGCUGGGGUGUUAGAUCAAGAAAUUUUAUCUCAAAAGGGAGGUUCAUCUGUGAGUAUGUUGGAGAGUUGCUUCAGUUCAAGGAAGAGGAGGGAAGAAUUGAUUUCGACGAAUCAGCAGUUGAUGCUGGAAAUUUCUAUGGCACUGAAGACUCAAGUUCCUUUUCAGAAGAUAACGAUGAUGUGGAAAAUGUGAAGUUUGGGAAUGUAGGAAGAUUUAUCAGGCAUAGCUUUUCUCCCAAUUUGUAUGCCAAGUGUGUUCUCUUUGACCAUGAAGACACCAGCAGGCCUCAUGUUAUGCUGUUUGCUGCCAAGAACAUUGCUCCACACACAGAAAUGACUUUCAACUACAAGCUGUGGUGAGUGAAGUGAUUAUAUCCUACCAUAUCUCCUGGGGUAGGUUAGAAUAUAUAAGCAAGUAGACUAGUGACUAGUGAGCGGUAUAAUAUUCACGCAAUGUAGGUUAUAAUACUGUCUCUAACUAUGUGUACAUAUAUAUACCUAUAUGAUCAAUCUCAAAUUUCAGAAUUCUGUU